AUGAGGAACCCUAUGGCGUACUCUCCAGGAGUGUUGGUUGGGAACUGGUAUGAAGACAUGCGAGUGCGUGAAGAUAAGGUGACUUUUUACAAGAGUAAGUACUCCACAACUGGUUCUCACGGGACACAGAGAAGUACAACGUCGCACCUGAGUGAGGCCACAUCUGUUGGAAUGAUGAAAGAUGUGGUUAUGUUAGGAGAACCUUUGCAGUUGAUUAAUGUUGCCACUAGUGCAGUUUUGGCAUUGGAUACAGCACCGGAGAGGGCACCGCGUCCCAAUCAAUGUUUGGUGACGGCAGCCCGCACGGAAGAGCCUCAAAUACGGUCAUCGUGGGUUAUCCACCGGGCAACAGAUGAAAAUAAUCUCGCGUAUACAAAACAACUAAAGGAGGAGAAUGUUCUUCACUAUGGACAACACGUACGUAUUGCUAAUGAAGAUGCUCACCCGGAUGGUUUUUACUAUCUCCACUCAAGUAUUCGUGAAAUUGGUACAUCAGGAAAGCAAUCAUUAACGGCGGCACUUGGGGCGAGUCGAGACAACACAUUUGUGGUGGUUAGGCCCGGAAGUAAACGUGAUGACAUCUCUGAUGGUACACCUGUACGUGUUGGAGAACCAUUUCUUCUUUAUCACGCUCCUACGAAUCAACCUAUUCGAUGCAGUAAAAAGAUACAAAAAACAUCUUUUGGUUCGGAGUUUGAAGUGAGUUGCUCCUUUGCAGGUGGGAAUCAUUCUAGGUCUCUUGGUGCCGUAACUACUGAUCCUGAGAACCUUUUUAUGAUUGCAGGUUCAACAAUUAUGUCGCCAUCUAGUGCGAUGUCAGCGGCAUUAAAAUCUCGUUCAGAACGAUCAGAUCGAUCUGGAAUAAUGUCAUUCUCUAUGAGUUGUGGAAUGGGUGUGGAUCUUAUUCUUUCACGUAUUCGAGAAGGUGCUCUUGCUGUAGGCGGUCGAUUGGGUUUUCGAACGCUAUCAAAAGCCAUGGGUACUGCAUGUAAUGAGAAACGUAUUACUCUAGUGAACCGUGAAAAGAUUCAUCACGGUGUUCGUCUCAUGGGAGUUGCUAUUCAACCCUUAGAGUUAGAUGUACUUUUUAAAAAAUUUGAUCGAGAUGGAAAUGGUUUGAUUGUGGCUCAAGAGUUUCUCCGUGAGUUGCGAGAAGAUAUGCCUCCCCAACGUCUUGAUGCAGUUAUUAAGGCCUUUCAACAAUUAACCAUUGAAGGUGCUGGUUCUGUCGAUUUUGUGGAUAUGUUGAACCUCUUUAAGUUUAACGCAACUCAGAUUCCAGAUGUUGAAAGGGGAAUUUUGAGUUAUGAGGAGGCUAUUUUUGAUUUUAUUAAUUGUUGGCCAGGAAAGAACAACACAGAUACGGUGACGCUGGAUGACUUUGUGGCGUACUACACGGAUGUUUCUCCUGCAGUGGAGGAUGAUGAAAGUUUUAUGGCAUUGGUUGAGCGGAGUUGGACAAUACCCGAAACCGAUGCGUACAGAACUGGAAGACCGCGUCGUUGUGUUACUGUGACUCAUAAGGACGACACGCAGGAGACUAUUUACCUCCCCGACUCUUUGAUAUUAGAUCCCACUAAUAGUGCUGCCAUUCAAAGUAUUCUUAUUCAGCAUGGGGUAAAAGAUAUCAAGGGCAUUCAUGUGACAAUGUAG